UAUACUAACUUCUUGAAUGCCAUUUUUAUUGGACUUGAAAAAUAAAAGGAUUUUUUAACUGAAGAAACAUAAUUUACAUUGAAGUUAAUUCAUGGUUGUUUAGAUAGUGAGUAACCACCAAAAGGAAAUAUGUCAGCUACGAUGGUUACAGCUGAUCAAUACAACGUGUAGAUUAGGCCUAACUCCAUUUCGGAUUAACAUACUGGAUUAACUUGACCCGACGGAUUUACAGAUUAACGGAAUUGGGAUUACUAGAUUUUUUCAACAUUUCUAUGUCAAUAAUGUUUGAAACAUACACAAUAAGGGUGAGAUAAUGUCUUAAGACACUGUAAUAGAUUCCAUUGUUAUCAAACAACGACGUUACGUGUAGGGUGGAAUGAAAAGUGGACCGUGAAUACAAAUGGAUGCAAUAACUUAACCUUGUGUACGAUGCUGCAAGACAAGGGAUUAUGUUCCUAAGGGGAUACGGCAGAUUCACCGUGCUGCUUCUUAUCAUCGUGUACGGGGUAUUGGGAGCAACAGGUUUAGAAUGCUACCACUGUAAGGCAGGCCCUGAGAAGAACUGUAAUCUCACCAAGACAUGUAAAGUAUCAGAAACUCAAUGUGUAACAAUCUUUGAGCGAACUGAAGCAAGUGCUAAAGAUGACGACGCAACAUACCAAGUAAAAAGUAAGGAUUGCGCUAAGAAGCAGUCAUGCAGGACAGGUUGCGGGAGGUCCACAUGCACAGAGUGCUGCAAUGGCUCCCUGUGUAAUAAGAACAAAGAGACAACCCCAGUAUGCAGUAUACACUUAGCAAAUCAAUGUGUCACCCAAGUAAAAAGUCGAAUAGAGCAGGGACAAUUCAAUGUUUGCAAUGGGCUUAACUUUGCAACUGGAUGUGUUCGUCGAGUUACACGUGACUGUCCUAAUAUCGGUGAGUCAAUUAUUGAGAAAGACCUUGCAGAAUUAAUCCUAAAUGCAACUGAAUUAGGAUGUUACACAACAGCAUCUCCCAUUGAAACCACAUCGAGCUCUUCAAAUGGAGAGGUAAGAAUGACCACUGAAGCAGACGUUACAACUCGAGAUAGCAGUUCCACAUCUAGGCCAAUAUCUACCUCAUUCAGAAGUUCCACAAUUGUGUCAACGAUUGCAGCAGCUGAGAAUACAGUCUCAUCUACUGUAAUGUCAACAACGAGGCCAUGUUCAUUAUCAGCAAAUGCAUGGAGAUGUGUUUUCGAUUUAGCCGUAGAGUAUGCCAAUGCAACAGAAAAGACAAUCAAUAAAGUUUGCCACACAAUACCCUACACUCGCAACUGCGUGGAGGUAAACAUGGCUGGCUGUGGACCUCUUCAAACCACUGUAAUCAACAGAACACUUGAGAUGCUGCUUGCUGAAUUGCAGCCUCAAUGCCCACCGUGUGAGGCAGAGACUGCAUUGAGAUGUAUACAAAAUUUCACCUCUGAAAUGUUUGGGAUUGUCCCUUGGAUUGAUGGUGCAUGCAAGUCAAUAGAUGAUGUGCGUACCUGUAUUAGGGAGUCUACACCUGGUUGUCAAGGCAACCUAAGCAAAGUUUUAAACACUACUGCUGAACUGCAAAUAGCUGAGAUCAUGGACUUCUGUAAUGAAACAGAAAAUUCUACCCUGUCCUACAGAGGUAUGCGAUGUUACAAGUGUGAUGGGGCAGCGAACAAUACAAUGUGCAACAUUUUCAUAGAACAGUGCACUUAUGUCCCUGAUAGACAGUUUUGCUAUACCAGUGUAGAUGCUGAUGAAAAUGGACGUUUGACUAAGGGUUGCACGAGUCCCAGUACAUGUUGGCCCCCACAUGGACAAUGUGUGGGGCCUCACUGCAAGCACUGUUGUCAAGGAAUGUUGUGCAAUGAGCCUGAGAGUGGAUACCAGCCCUGCAGAGCAGAGAAGGCGCAACAGUGCACUGAGCAACUCAGCAAAGAUAUUGAUGAAUAUGGCCAUAGACUAGAUGAAUGGAAUAUCCUUUGCUGUGAUAAGCUCCCUGAAACAACCAGAUGUAUUGAGGAGAGUAAGGUUGGGUGUAACAGUGGACAGAUUGCUCACAUUGACAACACAUUUAACGUUGUACGCAGGCAGCUUGGCCCUGAUAAGUGCUAUUGGAUGAGAGUACUCAACCAGGGUCGGAAGGUACACAAUAAUAGCGGCUCAAUUGUACUAGAUGAAGGUGGCCCUCCAGAGUAUCUGAACAUGACAUUCCAGUGUUCCCCCACCCAGAUAUGUCAAGCCAUCGCCAACGACCAUCCCGACUGUCAAGUCAUGUUAAAUAUGAAUGUGGAGGACCCAACUGGCGCAGCAUCUCCUAAAUGUAUGACAUCAGGUGAUCCCAUUUCUCAGGUGAUCAUCGGGAAGCACGAUUUCCAGUUUCCUGAUUCGUCCUGUGUGCUCAGUAUCCAUGACCACACAUACAACAAACCACACUUGAUCCCUCUUGUGGCCACCAUAGACUUGAAAUAUGAUGGCGACCAGGAGAGGAACUUAAGUUUAAAUCUGAAUGUGAACCUUGGUGGAAGUGAACAUCGCUUUGAGAGUUUAACAAUCAAGGUUAUAGCCAGGGAUAUGGAUACACAGGCUAUGUGCAAAUCAAUCAAUGACCCCCACAUAACAACAUUUGACAAUCAUUACUACAACAAUCAUUUAGAGGGCUAUUUCACACUUUACAAACACAUGGAACUGCCUUAUGAGGUACAGGUUAUCUACCAACGUUGUACAGCUGGGCAGGAUGGUACUUGUAACUGUGCUGUAGCCAUACGCUCAGGAGACUCUGUCCUAGUCAUAGAUAGAUGUAGGCGCAAUGUCACAGAUUGGCGCCGUGAAUACAACAUAAACAUAAUGAAUGUCACCCUAUUCAUAUACAAAGAUCUCACUCCCGCUACAAGGUUCUUUCAGAGAGCUGAUGGAUUCAGAUAUGAGGUACUGUUCCCCCAUGGUACCCAGGUACGUGUGGCUGUGAAUGAACAGCUGAUCAAUGUCUGGGUAAUACCCUCCCCUGCUGACUGGAAGAAUACAAUGGGUCUCUGUGGUCUUUACAAUGGGAAUUCUGCUGAUGAUCUCAUGUUGCCUAAUGGCACAAUAUAUUCAGGGGAGGGGGAUCAACCAACAGAACAGCCAAUGCCAUUUUUAGAAUCUUGGAGAGUGAAUGCUACUGAUAGAAUAUUUUCCGGUGCUAAAGAGAGGGAUCGAUACAGGCCUGAGUCAUAUUGCGAUUGUGCCAAACCUGACAUCCAUGACCCUAGAGCUAGAAAAUGUGGAUAUGAUGUUCUCGUCUCUACGUGUGAUAUUGAUACAGAUGGUGAACUGACUGCUAAUAUGGACUAUGGCAAAUACCUUACUAUUGUUGACCUACACAAGGAGGAUGGUGUACAGAGGUUCAGGAGGCAAGCCAUAGAGACCACCGAAGAUGGCAUUGAUGUCGAUGAGAACUAUAGGCCACCAUCAAGCAUUGGUUGGUCAGGAGACUGGAAUGAGACCACGGCGCGUGAAUUCUGUGAUUAUUAUCUCACCAGGAAAUUCCCAAUAGGUCAGGCAUGUACCAGGGUACCAAAUGUCAAGAUGGAGGGAGACAUUGAGACUUGUGUAGAGGAUAUAAAGUUAACCAAUUCUACAAGCUGGGCCAGUUCUCCACUAGAGUCAAUACAGACCAGCUGCAGGGACCAGCUGAGUAAGAACAUCACAUACGCCAGCACUGAUGAGGGCAGAGCCAUCAAUGAGAACAUUGACAGCAUGACAUGUGUCAAUCAAUGUAGUGGGCGGGGCAACUGUACAAAUGGUCAGUGUGAAUGUGAGGCAGAAUAUAUAGGUGCAGACUGUAGUAUGCCAGAAUAUCAAGCUCCUAUAGUAGCAGUCAUACAGUACAGUGGAAUAUGUGAUUAUGCCAUUGAUAAUUGCUCAACCAUAGAACUCUAUGGAAAAAACUUUGUUGACUCUCCAAAACUGACCUGUCAUAUGGAGUAUGUUACAGUCACCCCUUCAGGCGAAGGUUUUACAAGGACUGGCACUGUAACAACGAGGCAGGCAACUUAUAUAAAUUUCCAAGCAAUCCGCUGUGAUAUCCCCACGUUGUAUUCAAGCUUUAAGAUACGUGUUAGCAACAAUGGAGUGAACGCCAGUAGUCAGGAGCCACUUUUGUUGCUAUACAACUCGUCAUGUCAAUCAUGCUCCAAUAGGAGUCCAUCCCCACAGUGCUCAAUAUUUGAUGAUAGAUGUGUGAUAGAUAGCCGUUGUUACCAUGGCUACACAUUAAACCCUGACAACAGCUGCUUCGGUUGUUACCCACAAAAUAAAACAUUUUGGUCCCCUGUAGAUGUCGAGGCUAGGCCCGAUUGUCGCGCCCUGCCUUCAACUGUGAGUCCAACUGAAGGUCCAAAGUACCUCUGGCUUGACAAAUAUCUUCUAAUAGGUAUAUGUGUGGGGGUCACAGUGGUACUGUUCUUAGGAACUCUAGUCAUAAUCUAUGUGGUGAGACAAGGGAAGAGGACCAGGGAAAGAAAGAUAAACGGUGAAGCUGUAUUCCGACGUCGCUCGCGCAAUAACAGUAUUGACAGUGAUGAUGUUAACAUAACACUACCUUCGACGCAAAGUGCCAAAAACACAACCCUAUAUCGUGAUGGAAAACCUUUGUCUUUCGGAACACUGGAGUAUAUAAAUGAAGCAUUUGAACUUGAUUCCAAUGGAACAGAUUCCUUUCCAAGAGGGAGGAGGUUAGAUUUUGAGAAUGUAGAGUUGAGGUCAUCAUUCUUGCAUCAUUGGGCGAGAAGUCCGCAUGAGUUUUAGAUAGUGUUGUCAGGUAGAUGUGCAAUAAUAAGAUAUUGUAUACAUUAGCCUUUGUUGAGCUUUAUUGUACAUGUACAUUGCAAUGUAAAAUUGUUAAAAAAUGAAAAGUGAAACGCACAAAAACAUUCAAAUGUCCAGUCAAAUGGGCACGAAAAAUGUUUUGAUAUACCAUGAUGAUGAAUCAUCACAACACGAGUUCAUGGGUUAAAAAAUCUAAAUUUUUACUAUUAUGAGAGGAUAGAGUAACAGUGUAAUUAGUAAAACACAAUGAAACUGGUAAUUAAACACAAUAUUUAAGGCCUUACAAAUUAACUGUUUAGCAGUGCAGUCAUAAACUACCCUGAUGAAAUCUCGUUUCUUGUUCCUUUUUAUGUCACCACCAAAAGUGUUGACAUAUUGUUAUGUUCUUCAACCUUUUAAUGACAGCAGUUGGUGUUUGGGGUUCAGAGU